UUUUUUUUUUUUUUGUUGGAGCUGAGAGUCGUCGCGACUUUAAUUUUUUCUGAUACUUUUUACUUCUUUUUACGGCAACUCGCGCUGUGUUGUAUUUUACCCACUACUCUUUCCCCUUUCUUUUACUUUUGCAAAGCACUGAACAAGAAACGCGUCCUGUUACUGCCCUGCUGCUGCUGCUCUAUCUCUCAAAAUUUCUGUUUUUUUAUUUCCCUUUCUUUCGUAACACGGUACAAUACACACAAACAUGCCAUUAGACGAGGAUGCUUGUGUGAUCUGUGAGGGUGAUCGUUCCACCAACAAGAAUCCCAUCAUGUUCUGUGACGGCAGAGGAUGUGAUGUUCCUGUGCAUAAAGAUUGUUACGGCGUCGAUGAUGUUCCCGAAGGGGAAUGGUACUGUCAACGCUGCGAAGCCAGGCGGAAUGGAAAACCUGCUCGAAUCGUAUGCUGUCCAGUGCAGACUGGCGCACUAAAGACAACAGUAAAGGCGGGCAAUUUCAUCCACAUUGCAUGUGCCAAGUGGAACCUGGACAUCGAUCAUGAAGCAGAACCCUACGAUGUUGACAAGGCCUCCAUGGAUCAGCAUACAUGUUUUCUCUGCGAAAAACCAAAGGGUAUCUGUAUCCAAUGUCAAGACAACUCUUGUAACAAGUGGUUUCAUUCUACCUGUGCCAUUGAUGCCGGCCUCAUUGCUGUGACGAAAAAGGUGCCUGAGAGUUAUUUGCCUCGAUGCAAUGACCACCAGCCUCAAGAGGUCAUUCACAAGCGUCUGGUACGUCGUCAUGGUGAUAGCAGUGCUAGUUCUGGCGUAGCAAAGAACAAGAGAACGUUGCGACGCAAGGGACGAUUGAUGACCAAACGAAACAUGAUGGAGACAAGCAGUUCUGAACAAGAAGACAAUGAUGACCAAGACGAAAAUGAAGAUGAAGAUGACGAAGAUGAUGAUGACGACGAUGAUGAUGAUGACGACGAUGAUGAUGAUGACGACGACGACGAUGACGAUGUUGAAGAACCGGAAGAAGAAGAAGAAGAAGAAGAUAGUGAUGACAUGGGCACCAGCACACGAAGAAAGCAGCGACAGCAACACACCAAAAGUGCUGGCAAAAAGAACAAGGAAAAGGCUACGCCUAUCAAAAAGCGACGUGCCACCGCUCCACACGGGAAAAAGGGUGGGCCAAUCAGAUUGUUUAUGAGUGACCAAAGUGAUUCCGACGAUGAUCAUCAGAUGGGACGUGCCAGCGGUGCCAACGGUAACAAAAACAAGGCCGCCAACACCAACAACACCACUACUACUACCACUACUACUACUCUCAAGAAUAACAAUGGUAGUAAUAACAACAACAACAUAUCAUCCCCAUUACCAUCACCAGGCGGUAUGCUCAGCAUGAUAGAAGCCAAGCUGAAAAAGAGUCAAAUGGAAAAGCAAAAGUUAUCGCUGCAGCCACCUCCCUCCUCUAAUAACAGCAUACCCUUCUCUUCUUCUUCUUCUUCUUCUUCUAAUCAACAAGUAACUACACCCAUCUCUGCCACAGCUCCAGCUCUUCCAUUAGCAUCAUCAUCACCAUCCAUGUUUCCAUCAACGACCUUGUCACCUGCUGAUGCUGCAGCACCACCUACACCGGGCCUAUCGACACCACCUGCAGCAACAACAACAACAACACCAUUACAAUUACAACAAACUAAGCCGUCGCAUGUCUCGUCAACGAACUCAGCACAAACACUACAACCACUACCACCCACGCCACACAAGCAAAAGUUGCCCAACAAGGCUCACCUGAUGCCGAACCAAGCGCCACCCAAUGGACAUGGCAAGAAACCCUCGCCAGUGUUUCGGGAUUUGGAUGAUAUUCAAAACGACAUUCUUGGCCAGCGACGAGCCACGGUGGGACCGACUACGCCUACAACAACAACAACAACUAAUGCUGCUGCUGCUACUACUUCUACUGUUACUACUACUACUACUAGUGCUGCUGCUGCUGCUGCUGCUACAUCUGCUAAUACAAACAUACCCAGUCCUUCGUUGUCCUAUGACGCUGUUGCUCCUUCUUUGACAGUGAAUGGAGAACGUCGCAAUACCCUGCCUGAUCGAAAAGCGGCCAUCUAUCCACCAGGUCCUCCGCUACAACAACCACAACAACAACAACCACAACAGCCUCGCCAACGAUCCAUGGAAGGUCCAAACGAUAUCAAUGACUUGCAAAAGCUGUAUAUCAGGUCAAAGAUCACCGAGAUUAUGGAUGAAGUGCUUGCCCAGCCACCACAAAAAACACCUAGCGAUAGCGAGAUCUUGCGACACGAAGUGAUGCGACUGAAAGAAGAGAACCGACGACUGCAGACGUUCCGCCGGUCUGUGGCCGAAGUGUUUGAAGGGCUCAAUGUCAAGGUACCGAGUGGGCUGCCGAUCAGCGUGGACAAGAUUGAAGACUACGUCAACGAACUGCGGAUGAUGUUUGUACGAAGUGGCGCGAUACGCGAUCAAGAUUAUGCUCGUAUCAACCAAUGUGUUGAAGACAUGAUCAUUGACAAACUGUAGUAAAUAGUCCCCUUUCCCCCCUUCCCUCUCCCUCCCCCGGCCCUUUCCCCAAUCGUACAUAUAAGCAUUCUUCCUAAAAAAUCACAUCCCUUGGUUAUACUUGGUUUUCUUUUUUUUUUUUGUCUAUUCCCUCACACCCACAUCGGUCAUCAUCCACCCACUGCGCAUUAUUUCGAAAAAAAAACAAAGAGGUUUUUUUUUUU